AUGGAGAGAGGAAGUAGAUGUUUGGUGUUGAUCACAGUGGGUCUCGGGCUCAUUUGUGUUCUUCUGCUGGUCUUCAUCAUACUGCAGCACAACACCAUCAGAGCAGAGAGAGACCUGAUGAAGAGUUACAAGAACACGGUUGAAGAGUUACAGGACAAUUACACUGAUCUAAUGACUGAAAAUGACCAACUGCAUAGCAACUUCAGCUCUUGUAGUCACAAGUACAUGGAGCUGGAGACCAGAGUCAAAGGUCUCACUGCUGAGAAAAACCAGUUACAGGGAAACAUUAACUCUUUGAGUCAGAAGAUACUGGAGCUAGAGGACAAAGUCAAAGAUCUCACUGCUGAGAAAAGUAAAGUCACAUCUUUGAGUGAUGAACUAAAGAAAGGUUCAGAUGGCUUGUUCAUGUCCAAUGAUGCAAAGAGCUGGUCUGACAGCAGACAGUACUGCAGGGAUCGUGGAGCAGAUCUAGUCAUUAUCAACACUGAAGAGAAGCAGAGACACAUAUCUUCAUUGGUCAAGGAGAGAGUGUGGAUUGGUUUGUCAGACAUUGAGAACGAGGGCAACAUGAAAUGGGUGGAUAAUUCACCACUGAAUCAAGGGUUUUGGCUCAAAGGUGAACCGAAUGACCAAGGUGGAACUGAGGACUGUAUUGAACUGAUGCCUUCAAAUCCGGUCCUGAACAACUGGAAUGAUCUGCCAUGCUCAGAGAAGAAAGAAUUUAUUUGUGAGAAAUAG